UGGUAGCAUAAACCGUUCAUGUGUUUAAUCACUGGAGGCUUUGCUGACAUUGAUAGUGUUGCGAUAUUUUUGUGACUUUCAGAUCUGGGGCAACCCCAGGCGCUUUACCCUCCGCCCCCGCUGAUUUCCACGUACUGAAAACUGCGAGGCAGCAACGCCCCAUACGUCUAUGUGCCCGGGGAUCCCAGCGCGUCACUCAGUCUGGCUGGCCAACGAUCAGCAGAGUAUGUCUCAGACGCCGGGAGCAGCGGCAGGGGUGAGCUUUGUGCUACCGAGCAGCCCGCUGUGCUGAUGGUACCUGCCGACCCCUUAUGCUCAGCACGGACGGCCCGGAGCGACAAAAGGCGAUGGAUUCCAUGUUUACCGAGAGCAUCGAGAACGCAAGUUUGGAACUGCUUCUAGAACGGAUGGACGACAUGAUGGAUGCGCUGGAAGUGCUCUUCCCGCUGGAGGAGUGCACGGCGCUAUACCAGCAGAAUCUCCUGGGGCUGACCCAGGGCUCCGAUGAACUAGAGCGGGGUGUUCAAGAGGAGGAAGCUGGGGACAGUCUGCAAUCGAACUUGCUCGCCACUGUCAGAUAUGGAACGGUGGAGGACUUACUCAACUUCGCUAAUCAGGUGUCAAGCACUUCCCAUAGUCUUAAACGGGACAGAAACUACCAGGCAGGAGUCAUGUUGAAUAAGACGGCAAUAACUAUCAACAAUGGGCAUUAUCUGGUCAACACUGAUGUCUCCUUGUUUCCAUGGAAAUUUGCCCAUAGAAAUAUCGGGCCUGGCUACAUUCCUCGAGGUACUUUUGGAAAGUGCCACCUUGCACAAGAUGAGAAGACAAAAAAGCGCAUGGCGUGUAAAUUGAUACCGAUGGAAUACUUCAAACCUGCUGACAUUAAGAUCCAAGCACGGUUCCAGCAUGAGAACAUUGCAGAAUUGUAUGGGGCCUUACUCUGGAAUGAGACCAUACACCUCUUCAUGGAGGCAGGAGAGGGAGGCUCCGUCUUGGAAAAACUGGAAAGCUGUGGGCCAAUGAAGGAAUAUGAAAUCAUAUGGUUGACUAAACAUGUCCUCAAAGCCCUUGACUUCCUACAUUCCAAAAGAGUCAUCCAUCAUGACAUUAAACCCAGCAACAUAGUUCUCAUGUCAACCAAAGCUGUGCUGGUAGAUUUUGGACUCACUGUACAGAUGACUGAAGAAAUCUACAUUCCCAGAGAUAUUCGAGGGACAGAGUUUUAUAUGAGUCCAGAAGUUAUUACCUGCAGAGGACAUUCAACAAAAUCAGACAUCUACAGUCUCGGUUCUACGAUUAUCCACAUGCAGACUGGAAAUCCGCCCUGGGUGAAGAGAUACCCGAGAUCAGCCUACCCAUCAUAUCUGUACAUUAUCCACAAACAGGCUCCACCGUUAGAAGAUAUUGCGGAGGAUUGCAGCUCGGCCAUGAGGCGACUCAUUGAGGCUGCGUUGGAGAGAAACCCAAAGGAACGCUGGUCUGCAGCAGAGCUGAUGAAGCACGAAGUACUGAACCAACCAGCUGAAGAUCAGCCACGCUGCCAGAGCCUCGACUCAGCGCUCUUUGAGCUAAAUCGUACCUUCAGGAGAAAAGAGCUGGAGCUGCCUGAGCAAAUUUGUGAUAAUUCCAUGUGCAGCACAGAAGAAUCAACUGUGGGAAAACGGAACCGCUCUCUUUAUAUAGACUUUGGUGCCUUGGCUGGCUAUUUCAACAUAAUCAGAGGUCCUCCAGGAUCAGAAUAUGGCUGACUUUUCUUCAAAAGCUCCAAGUUGCCCACCCCCCCCGGCCUCGUCAGGCUUGAAAAAUAUUGUAAAACGCUAGAGGAGUCAGCAACUAGCUGUAGUUGUGUGGAUAGCGAGGAGUAAGCAGGAGGGUGGACAAGGGUGGUUGUGACAGCGUGCGGGCUCACAGAUUCUUUUUCAUCAUUCUGACAGCAGCAUUAAGGGAAGAAAUAUUGUAGAAACAUAUUUUAUCACAAAUGUAUUUUGCUUAGCAAAACAUCUGUGGUACUGUGUUCGUGGUGUGAAUGGAGGGCAGUGCGAGGAAGACAAAUUUUGCUCAGUUUUCUGCGGCAACUUUAUUAUCCUCUGUUGCAGCUGGUGGUUUGAAUGACGCAUCGUUGCUCCUGCUUACUCUCUUUGUUUUCAGUGAUGAUCGCUGUUUAAUGUAUUUCUCUAAUGAAAAAUUACUCAAGAUGAUGAAAGACUUGUCAAAAUACACGUGUUCCUAUGGAAACAAAAGCAUGUACAUAAUGAAUGCCAUGCAGCCAAAUGAAUUGCACACAAGGUGUGCUGUGGGUUCCCAGUAACCCAGUAGCUCUGUAAAUGUUUUGAGCUGAUAGUUCUAGUAUACCCUAUGGGAGGGAUUAACCUUUGCUUUUUUGUGCAUCUAAUUAAGGAAUAGUGCAAGUACUUCAUGUGUUAACAUUAUGCUCUGUAUUUUAGUCACAUUACUUUAUUAGCUGCUAAAAUGAAAAUCAGUGAAACGGCAAGAUAGUUCUCCAUAUUCUACAUGUAACAUUUCAAUAUGUUGUCAUUUCGAGUAUGCUGUUAUUGGUUGUUAACUUUAAUGAUGUGUGUUGUAUAAUACGUUAAUUUAGAGCAAAACGAAAGCUCUGAGAAUGUGUACAGCUGAACUAAGCCAACAUUAUGUACUGUACUGAUGCCUGCAAUAUUCGAAUCAAUAUGUCUCUCCGAUAAGUACUCUCUUUUACAAUAUUUGCUCUGCUAUCUAGUGAACUUGGAUUAACCCAGAGAUUAUUUGAGAUCCAAUUCCAUUAAAAAGGAGAUAAUGAGCUGGGGUUAGUGAACUGACUUGGAAAUUAUUGAGCUGUUGCAAAGACAAGUCUGAAAAGAAUGCCUAGAAGUCAAGUUUCACUCUAUUAUUGUGCACUGAAUGAACAGAUCUGUCCCCACUUUGAAUGUCCAAAGAGUAGCAAAAUUGGAUAAAAAUCCUUUAUUGCAGGUCUCCAGCACUUGCACACAGAUUCAUGCACUAUAAUGGCAUCAUGAAUAAAAUUGUUUCUGUACAUAAAAAUGUGUAACAAUAGCUCAAAUUUCCAGGCCUUUUAUCAAGACCCAGUUGAUAAUAUACUGUGUACUGUGUCCAUACAUGAUUCUAGACACAUUGAAGCAGUGACUAUGUCAAGCAAGUCACUCUACUAAAAUUGUUCAAAAAUGUACCCUCUGCACAUUCUCUGGCAGUUAAUGUAGAAAUUUCAUCAUGCUUAGGAAAAAUUCAGCAGCUGAAAGUGUACAUCUUUUAUAAAUUUCCUUCAAGUCCUUUUGCAUGACAAUUGUUGGCCUAGUUCUGAUUGUGUCUUCCUGAAAAUGUAGAUUUGAAUCUUGUAUUCACCCAUAAUGCAUAGGUUGCUCCAGUUUGAGUCUAAGUUUUUGUUUUACAUCUUGUAUCACUGUUUUACAGUCUAAUAAAAAGUGUUAAGAUUCCAGACCAGAAUUUCAUUUGAUAUUGGACGUCUGUUUUUAAAGUUGGCAAUAUUUGUAAAACCAUGAUCUUCAUUAAUAUUUG